GCGAACAGGCGCGCGCGCAUUCAGUAGUCAGUACCAGUCGCGAUUGCGCAGCGAGCGGAGCUCUCGCGCGCCCAUGUGUAACGGGGAGGGCAAGUGCAUAACACAUCAUCAUAAUGUAACUAAACAACGGUGUACAACAACAAUAACUCUCUUCACCUUCCCUAGUUAAACCAGAGUGGACGAACUCUUUCACUUUCUAAAACGUAUUCAAUUUUCCGCGUGUGUCUCGAGCUCGCGCCAUCAAAACGUGUGUGUAUAAAUAUUAUAGUUAACUCGAAAUGACUAUAUCCUACGCCGGCGAGGUACCGAACGGCAGCAGUUUCGGUUGUUUCUGGAGGAUCCUUUGCAAAUGGAGAGGCAGCGUGUACAAAUUAGUCUGGCGGGAGUUGCUAGCCUACCUCACAUUAUACUACACUAUCAAUCUCCUAUAUCGGUUCGCGCUCACAGAACAACAGCAAAGGAUAUUCGAGAAGGUUCGACAGUAUUUCGGGGCGCAGAGCGAGUCGAUACCCAUGUCGUUCGUGCUGGGCUUCUACGUCAGUCUCGUGGUGAAGAGAUGGUGGGAGCAGUACAAACUGUUGCCGUGGCCGGACACGCUCGCUCUCUUCAUAUCAGCAGGCAUCCCUGGAGCGGUUAGUAAAGACGAAACUGGACGUCUGAUGAGAAGGAAUAUAGUCCGGUAUGCCAUACUCGCCUAUGUGAUCACACUACAGCGCGUGUCAUUGCGUGUUAAACGACGUUUCCCCACGUGGCAACACGUCGUAGACUCGGGCCUCAUGCUCGAGAGUGAGAGAAAAGUGUUCGAGAAGAUGGACGGCAAGAGUCCAAUGUCGAAAUACUGGAUGCCGCUGGUAUGGGCCACGAAUAUCAUAAACCGAGCGAGGAAGGAAGGGCUCAUAACCAGUGACCACAUCGUUCAAACGCUACUGGUGGAACUGUCAGAUAUAAGAAGACGACUCGGCGCCUUGAUAGGAAACGACACUGUUUGUGUGCCUUUAGUUUAUACGCAGGUGGUGACUCUGGCACUGUACACGUACUUUGUGGCGGCCCUGAUGGGCAGACAGCUGGUGCCGCCAGCUCCAGGCAGCACCUCCAAAUAUGAGCCCGACGUCUACUUCCCCCUGUUUACAGCACUUCAGUUCUGCUUUUAUGUCGGCUGGCUGAAAGUUGCUGAAGUCCUCAUAAACCCAUUUGGAGAAGAUGACGAUGACAUUGAAUUGAAUUGGCUUAUAGACAGACAUAUUAAGGCAGCGUACAUGAUAGUUGACGAAAUGCACGAGGAGCAUCCGGAAUUGCUCAAGGACCAAUACUGGGAGGACGUGGUGCCAAAAGACCUGCCGUACACGGUCGCCUCGGAGCAUUAUCGUCGACAUGAGCCACCCUGCUCGGCCGACCACUACAAGGUCAAAGCGGAAGACGCAGUGUACGCCAACGUUCAAGCUCCGAGGAAAAGCCAUGACGAAACUUAUGCUGACUACGAAAGUGUUGACACUCCAUUAGUGGAGAGACGGAAGAAUUGGUUCCAAAGACAAAUAUCGCGGAUGGGUUCCGUGCGGUCGGCGUCUACCGCCUAUUCCUCCGGCGGGCUCUUCGGCAGGAACAGGCACAACUCCGUCGUCUACUCGAGUCCUGAAGCCGGCCAGCCCGUGGCGCCUCCGCCUCCUCAUCACAAGAUGUCGCUAUACGAGCGGCUGGUCGGCAGAAAGUCCGGCAGAGGACAACACAGACAGAAUUCGAGACACGGUGGGCAAAAAAGCAAUGGCUCCGCUAUUCCCAUCACCCUCAGGAACCGACCAAGGAUUCCGACUCCCGACGUCACCAAGGAGGUCAUGGAUCGCGAGAACCGCAUCGCCAUGGGCAUGCAGAAUAUGGGCGUGAUCAUGACCCAUCAGGGCUACCAGAACGAGGUUCCCGUGCUGGGGGCGCUGGUCCUGUCUCCAAUCCAGGAGGCGGAAGGAGGGUCCCUGAACAACACCCUGCACGCCGGACAACCGGGCACCACGGCGCUGGCGCAAGCGGUGCUAUCCCCGAACAUGACUAAAGGUAUGACUCCAAUGCUGACGGCGGCGCCGCUGCCAGUGACACUGUCUACGCUCAGCAUGCCGCAGCUGACGCUCAUCAACUCCACCCCCUCCACGCCCCGCCCCGAGCGAGUCGCUACGCCCCCCAGAGCAACAGUGACAGAGAUACCGUCCGACAGAGACAGCGAGAGUAGCGCCGACUUCGCGCGAAAAGGCUCGAAGCGCGGAGAAGUUUAUGUGUAACAGAACGUCUAGCGGUCUUGUCAAUUUUACGUUAGCGUGAUGUCAGGGCGAUUUUCCUGUCAUGCAUGUUAUCGCCCCGCGGCGGAUCUGGAGGUCUACUCAGUAAGUACUCCGAUGUGCAAAUUUUAAUGUUUCGGCCGAAUGAUCGGGCCGUAUCCUACUCCGGAAUACUUUUGUUCGAAAGAAAGCCUGGGCUGGCCGAAGUUUGUCACGUGCGAUUGAAGUUUGUCACGUAACUACUAUUUGACUACUAUAAUAGACGAUACGCCCGGUGUAACAUUUCAUUAUCCUUUUUUCAUUUCAUUCAUAUCAUUUCAAAACUUCGGUCGGUUUUCGGUGGGAUCUGAAGAUUUGAAUGCGCCAUAUCGGAGUAGGCCCCCUGGACCACAUGUGGGUGGCAACGUGCUCCUGUUGACUCGCGUGUUGCUCGCAUGACAGGAAAUGGGCCCUUGUGGUGAUGAUAAAGAGCCCUUUGAGGACUAAUUUUGAUGUUCCCUGGGUUUAAGGCCAACACCUUGUAAUACACGAGCCACGCUAUGACCCUGGAUAAAUACGUUUGUUUCCAUCUCUAAAGAUAUCUCCAGACUAGUCGCGGAGUCUACUCCGUAGAUAGCUGAAUAGAUAAUGUGGAUAUUGAUUACUUUUACAGCAAACUUUAAGUAGUCUGGACCUAUCU